AGAACAAAAACAAAACAUUUGACAUUUCGCAAUGCCGCCAGUUCUUUGAUAAGUGAAAACAUAAAUACUUUUAUUUUAUUUCACUUAAAUAUAAGAACAAAUUACGAAAAUGCCUAAAGAACAGUUUAGAGAAGCUGAUGUUAUUAAAAAAAUCUCCCACGUGCAAUUUGCCAUAAGUAGUCCUGAAGAAAUUCAGCAGGAGGCACAUUUGCGAAUUAUUUCCAAAAACCUAUAUCAAGGACAAAGAGAACCUGUUCCAUAUGGUGUAUUGGAUAAACGCAUGGGUGUCAGCACAAAAGAUGCGACAUGUGACACUUGCGGGCAAGGGCUUAACGAAUGUAUCGGUCAUUUCGGUUACUUAGAUUUAGCUUUGCCUGUUUUUCAUGUUGGACAUUUUAGAGCAACAAUAUCUAUAUUACAAAUGAUAUGUAAAAGUUGUUCGCAUGUGAUGUUAAAGAAUGUUGAUAAAAAAAUUUAUGAAAAUAAAUUGCUUAAUCCAAAUUUAUCAUACUUAUCAAAAAAAGCUAUACAUGGACAAGUGUUAACAAAAGCUAAGAAACAAACCAAAUGCCCAAAUUGUGAUGCAAUGAAUGGUGGUGUAAAGAAGGGACCGGGCCUUUUGAAAAUAUUGCAUGAUCCAUACAAAGGCAAGAAAACGGAUUCAAUUUUUUCUAAUGCUUUAGAUGAAUUGCUGCAAGCUACUGAAAAUAAUCGUGAACUGCAUAAUAUGAUACCCAGCUAUAAUCAAGUGGAGGAAUUAAAUCCUUUAACUGUUUUAGAGUUAUUUAAAAGUAUACCCAAAAAUGAUAUACCAUUGCUUGGUAUGACUGCUGAAUCUGCUAGUCCAACUAAUUUAAUAGUUACUAGAGUAUUUGUGCCACCAGUUUGUAUACGUCCGUCAGUACUAUCGGAAAUAAAAGCUGGCACCACUGAAGAUGAUUUGACUAUGAAACAAAGUGAAAUUUUACUUAUAAAUGAUGUUAUACAAAAACAUAUGUCCGGUGGUGGUAAAAUCGAGUUGAUACAAGAGGAUUGGGACUUCUUACAAUUACAUGUUGCGCUUUACUUUCACAGUGAAAUAUCUGGUAUACCACUUAAUAUGGCUCCAAAGAAAACCACACGUGGCAUUGUGCAACGUUUGAAAGGCAAACAAGGUCGCUUUCGUGGUAAUCUAUCUGGCAAGCGUGUAGAUUUUUCAGGACGUACUGUCAUAUCUCCUGAUCCCAAUUUAAUGAUACACGAAGUAGGUGUACCUGAACGUGUUGCUAAAAUCUUAACCUAUCCAGAACGUGUUAAUCCAGCUAAUAUUAUAAAAAUGAAAUUACUUGUCAAGAAUGGCACACAAAAGCAUCCUGGCGCUAAUUAUGUACAACAACGUGGUUCAUCAUUUAAAAAAUAUCUAGCUUAUGGUAAUCGUGAUAAAGUAGCACAUGAUUUAAAAUGUGGUGAUAUAGUGGAACGUCAUCUAAACGAUGGUGAUGUUGUGCUCUUCAACAGACAGCCAUCGCUACAUAAAAUGUCCAUCAUGUGCCAUCGUGCUGUGGUGCAACCACAACGAACUUUUCGUUUUAAUGAAUGCGCUUGUACGCCUUAUAAUGCAGAUUUUGAUGGUGAUGAAAUGAAUUUGCAUUUACCACAAACUGAGGAAGCGCGUGCGGAAGCUUUAAUACUUAUGGGUAAUAUGUCGAAUUUAGUUACACCCAAAAAUGGUGAAAUACUUAUUGCUGCUACACAAGAUUUCAUAACUGGUGGCUAUUUACUAACGCAAAAAGAUCAAUUCCUAACUAAGGAACAGGCUAUGCAAUUAGCUGCUUGCUUUAUGGCAUUAUCUAAUAGAAGUAUGCGAAUUGAUAUGCCAAAACCAGCGAUUUUAAAACCACGCAAAUUAUGGACUGGCAAACAAAUAUUCAGUUUACUUAUGCGUCCCAAUAAAACAUGUCCUGUACAAGUUAAUUUAAUAACCAAAGGACGAAAUUAUACCUCUAACUUUGAUAUGUGCGUUAAUGAUUCAUGGGUUGUGAUUAGAAAUUCUGAAUUACUUUGCGGGUCUAUGGAUAAAACCACUUUGGGUUCGAGUAGUAAAAAUUGUAUAUUUUAUGUGAUUUUGAGAGACUACGGAGAAAGCUAUGCUACAAUAUGCAUGUGGCGUUUGGCUAGAAUUGCUUCCUACUUUAUACAAAAUCGUGGUUUCUCAUUUGGUAUUAGUGAUGUCACGCCUAGUGCGAAACUAUUGGAAGAAAAGCAAAACUUACUGGAAAAGGGUUAUCGAAAAUGUGAUGAAUAUAUUUUGGAGAUGAAAAAAGGUACACUACAAUGUCAACCAGGUUGUACACCCGAACAAACACUCGAGGCAGUCAUGCUACGUGAGUUAUCCAGUAUACGUGAACAAGCGGCCAAAGCUUGUUUCCGUGAACUACAUCCCACAAAUAGUGCACUUAUAAUGGCACUUUCCGGUUCGAAAGGUUCAAAUAUUAAUAUAUCACAAAUGAUAGCUUGUGUGGGUCAGCAAGCCAUCAAUGGUAAAAGAGUACCAAAUGGUUUUGAAGAUCGUGCUCUACCACAUUUCGAGAAAUUUUCUGCAAUUCCUGCUGCUCGUGGUUUCGUACAAAACAGUUUCUACUCUGGUCUAACGCCCACGGAGUUCUUUUUCCAUACAAUGGCUGGUCGUGAGGGUUUGGUCGAUACUGCUGUAAAAACUGCUGAAACUGGUUACUUGCAACGCCGUUUAGUUAAGUGUCUUGAAGAUUUAGUUGUACAUUACGAUGGUUCCGUACGAAAUGCUAUUGGUGAAAUUGUUGAACUAACUUAUGGUGGUGAUGGUUUAGAUCCUGUACAUAUGGAAGUAAAAAAUAAGCCAGUGGAUAUGGUACGUCAAUAUAAUCAUUUACAAGCUACUCAUCCUUAUCGUAAUGAACCACCACUUCGAGCUGAGGAUAUAAUGCAAACGACCAAAAAAAUUUUAGAAGAAGAAGAAUUUUCAAAGAGUCGUAAGGACUUUCAACACACUAUUUUAACAUUUAUGCAAAAGGUUACUUUACAAAUCUACAGUAUUCAUAAGAAAUAUCAGCAUCAUAAGUUAAGACAUGAAAUUGGAAGACUGACAGAAGGUCAAAUACGUUCUUUCUUACGUAUGGUUGAUAAUAAAUACAAUAUGGCUGUGACCGAACCUGGAACUGCAGUGGGUGCUAUAGCAGCACAAAGUAUUGGUGAACCAGGCACCCAAAUGACAUUAAAAACUUUCCAUUUUGCUGGUGUUGCAUCUAUGAACAUUACACAGGGUGUUCCUCGUAUUGUUGAAAUCAUCAAUGCAACAAAAACUAUAUCGACACCAGUGAUUACAGCGGAAAUAGAAAAUAAUACAAGCAUGGAGCAUGCACGUAAGGUGAAAGCACGUAUUGAGAAAACCACAUUAGGAGAAGUUUCAUCAUAUAUAGAGGAAGUCUACAGACCAAAUGAUUGUUUCCUGGUUAUUCGUUUAGAUUUGAGUCGUAUAAAGGUUCUGGGCUUGGAAAUAAAUGCAGAGACUAUACGUUACUCUAUUUGUACUUCAAAACUGCGUGUGAAGCCGGCAUUGGUUGAUAUUAUAGGUGCCUCUGUGCUAACAGUACACAUAGACUCCUCCAAACACGGUUCCGCACUUAAUGCAGAAAUGCAACGUUUAACAACUGCUAUACCAAAUGUUGUGGUUGCUGGUUUAUCCAACAUAUCUCGCGCUGUCAUUGCGAUAGACGAUACACGCACACCACCAACAUACAAACUAUGUAUUGAGGGCGCAGGUUUGCGUGAUGUUAUGGCAACAUAUGGAGUUAUAGGUUCGCGCACGAAAAGUAACAAUAUUUGGGAAGUCUAUAAUACGUUAGGUAUAGAGGCUGCGCGCACCACAAUUAUGACUGAAAUUACAGAGGUCAUGGAAGGACAUGGUAUGAGUGUAGAUCACCGACAUAUCAUGUUAUUAGCCAGUCAAAUGACAUCGCGUGGUGAAGUUUUAGGCAUAACACGUCAUGGUUUAGCUAAAAUGCGUGAAAGUGUAUUUAAUUUAGCCUCUUUUGAAAAAACUUCGGAUCACUUAUUCGAUGCAGCUUACUACGGUCAAACCGAUGCCAUCGAUGGUGUGUCUGAGCGUAUCAUUCUCGGUAUGCCUGCCUCAAUUGGAACCGGUUUAUUUAAACUUAUACACAAUCAUGGUGAACUGAGUCUGCCUGACAUCGAAACGCCACUCUUCAAGACAUAAACGUUGAUAUUGAAUAACAUGCUAAAUUGUUAAAUACUUAUAGAGUAAGUUAUAUGUUAAGAAAAACAAAUAAAAAAACAAACAAAUUUGUUUACAUACUAAAAACUAAAUUUAUUUCUCGAAA